UCAACUAUACUAUAUUUCACAAACCAAUAAUGUGAAUUUUAAAAGUUUUUAAAUGAUGUAUUUAGUCGUGACAUUUGGUAUGUUAACAAACGUAAAACGAAGUGUCAUCACGUUCUAAGGAAGAGGAUGGUGUAAUGUUUUUUCUCGAAUAAAUCUCAAUUUUCUACAAUGGAAGAUAAAAAUCAAGAAUCAAACAUAGGCGACACAUGUAAUUUAAAUGGGAACUGUUCACCGCCGACGAAGAAUAACUCUAUCGACUUGAAUCAUGCGAAAAAUAUUGAUGACAUAUCUACGCCUUCCGAGCUUAAAUUCGACGAAGAUUUUGAAUUCGAGGAUCCUGACGUGACUGCAAAACGGAAAGAAAUGGAGAGAUGUUUGGAAAACCCUGAUAUCGUGAACAUAGAAGAGUGGCAACAUUUUGCUAAAAGCAAAGGAGGUUUAAUAGCAGAUGAAUACAGGAGAAGAAUUUGGCCGCUGCUUGUUGGUGUAACUCGAGAGGAGAUGACGGAACCUCCUUCACUUGAUGAAUUGUCCACACAUGUUGAAUAUAACCAAGUGGUAUUAGAUGUGAAUCGUUCACUGAAGCGGUUUCCUCCGGGCAUUCCGUAUGAGCAGAGAGUGGCGCUGCAGGACCAGCUCACUGUGCUCAUACUGAGAGUCAUCAUCGAAUACCCACAUUUGAAAUAUUAUCAGUUUUGGGUACGUACCCCACCCUGCCACGUCCCCUGCCCCGCCCCGCUCUUCCCCGUGUACGUGACAGCCGCGCUGGUGCUGCACCGCGCGCCCGCCGUGCUCGCCUGCGACCUGGACAUGGCCAUGAUGCACUGCCUGCUCUCCAGGUUACCAGACGACUUGCCUUUCGAAGACAUUCUGGUGACCGCUAAGAAGCUAUACGAAGAUAACGACCCCACAGACCUGGAGGACGAGGUCGAUGCAUUGGAGAGGAGAGAAGAGGAGCAGCGCCGGCUGGACGAGGAGCGUCUCCGGCAGCGGCGCGUGGAGCGCGCUGGCCGCAGCCGCGCCGGCGCUGGCAUGCUGGCGCGCCUCCGCCGCGUGCUGCCGCGCUCCCCGCUGGCGCGCGGCGCGGCGCUGGCGGCGGCGGCGGCGCUGCUCGCCGUCUACGCGUACUACAGACCUGAUCUCUUCACCAGAAGACGCGCUGACAGUCCGGACUUUGAGGGAUUUUAGGAAGCAAAUAAAACUAUUUUUUUGUACAAAUAUUAUAUUUGGUUUUCAUUACGUUAACACUCGCUUUAGUGACGGGGAAAUAAAAAUAACCAAAGCAAAUACAAAAAUGUUGAUUUAAACUUAUAAAUAGAUAAUUUAAUAUUUAAUUGAUUACAUAGAGUAUUGAAAAAAAUACAAAUCACAAUUUUUGCAGCUGAAAACACUGGCAAGAAAAAA